AUGGCUUCUGAUUCUCAGACCGUAACUGCAACUACAACUGAAAAGCCACUGGAGAACAAGGUGAACGAGGAACUUAAGUUGAUGGAGAAAGAGAUUGUUUUGCCGGAAACUGCGGAUGAGGUGAAGGAUAAACCGGUUUCAGAUUCAAACCUGACGGUUACAAAGGAAGAGGAGAUUGAUCAGAUUCCUGCUAGUGAACCGGAGAAAGAAUCACCGGCAGUUGUGAAAGCAGAGGAAUCUACAGAGAAAGGGAAAGAUGAAAAUGGUGAGAAGGUAGCUGAACAAGUGGAAAUUCAAGAACCAAACCUUGUGAAAGAUGUUAAAGUUGAAGCGGUUGAUGAGGAGAAAGCAGAAGAGAAAGUGAAAGAUGAAAUUGGUGGUGAGAAGAAGGUAGAUGAACAAGUGGAAAUUCAAGAACCAAACCUUGUCAAAGAUGUUAAAGUUGAAGCUGUUGCUGAGGAGAAAGCAGAAGCGAAAGAGAAAGAUGAAAAUGGUGAGAAGAAAGGAGAUGAGAAAGUGGAGCUUAAAGAACCAAUCCUUGUGAAAGAGAGUGUUGAAGAGGCUAAUGUUGAACCCGUUGAUGCGGAGAAAGCAGAAGCGAAGCAAACCGUGGAGGGUGUUGUUGAAAAAGACAAUAAAGAUAAGGAGGAGACGAAGGUAGUUGAUACAGAUGAAGCCGUAGGGAAACAUGUGGAGCCAGUUGAUGUUCAAUCUGUUAGAGAUGUAUCUGCAGAGACUGUAGAAGAUAAAAUCAAAGAUGUUGAGGUUCUUGAAGCCGAGCCAAAGCCGGAGGCUUCUGAAAAAGUUGAGACUCAGCCUGAGGAAGCAAAGGAAUUGGCACCAGAAGUUGAAGUAGUUAAGGCAGAGGAAACACCUGAAACAACCGAACAUGUUAAAGUUGAGCUAGAGGAAACAAUUGUUGAGACCAAAGACUCUGGUAUCAACUCCAAGGAUGAAAAGACUUCUGAAUCUGCUUCUGCUUUGUCCCCUGAGGAAACUGUACCGACAACAAUCCAAGAUUCAGACACUUCUUCUCCUCCUGCUGAUGUCAUUGAGAAGGCCAUAACUGAAGAGAAGCAUGUAGUGGAAGAACCAUCAAAGGAUGAAAAAUCUUCUGAAUCUGGUUCUGCUUUGUGCCCUGAGAAAUUUGUACCGACAAACCAAAAUUUAGCCACAAUCCUCAAACAGGAGACUGAAGGAGACAAUUCUUCUCCUGUUGAUGUCAUUGAGAAGGCCAUUACUGAAGAGAAGCAUGUGGUGGAAGAACCACCAAAGGAUGACAAAGAGAAUGAAGCCAAAGAUGUCGUUACUAAACUAGCUGCAGAAGAUGAGAACAUCAAGAAAGAUACAGAAACAGCUGUUGCAGAGGCCAAGAGCGAAGAGACUUUGAAAGAAGCUGAUAGAGAAUCAAGAGAGAAAGAAACUGCAGAAAACAAACCAGAAGAAUCCAUUACAGAGAAAGCAACAGAGGUUGUAGAAACAGCACCGGUGGUUAAAGAGAGCGAGGAGCCGAAACAAGAACCAGAAAUCACAGCCAAAGAAGUUUCUGUUAAGCAAAAGCAAUCAAGCAGCAUUAUGUCAAAGGUAAAGCAAUCUCUUGUUAAGGCAAAGAAAGCAAUCAUUGGAAAAUCUCCAAGCUCUAAGAACAUUUCAACUGAAGAAGCCAAAGGAGAAAUCAAAGUCAAGUGA